AACAUGUCCUCACCUUUUCUUUGGGGUUUGGUUACUUUAUUGAUGUUUGCUGAAUUAAAUGGAGAAGCUGGAGGGCUUGAGCUACAGCCACAAAAGAGAAACACUGAUCCCCAACAACCUCGGAUGGCUACAGAGAGUGGAAAUUUAGUGUUUCUUACAGGGUCUGCCCAAAACAUUGAAUUUAGAACUGGAUCGCUUGGAAAAAUCAAAUUAAAUGAUGAAGACCUCAGUGAAUGUUUACAUCAGAUCCAGAAAAAUAAAGAUGAUAUUAUAAAUUUAAAAGGAAGCACAAUUGGUCUGCCUCAAAAUAUAUCUAACCAAAUCUAUCAGCUCAAUUCCAAGCUUGUUGAUCUUGAGAGGAAAUUUCAAAGCGUACAACAGACUGUUGACAAGAAAGUUUGCAGCAGCAAUCCCUGCCAAAACGGUGGCACCUGUCUCAAUCUUCAUGAUUCUUUUUUUUGUCUCUGUCCCGCACAGUGGAAGGGUCCUCUCUGCUCAACUGAUGUUAACGAAUGUCAGAUUUACUCAGGAACACCCUUGGGCUGCCAGAAUGGAGCUACGUGUAUGAAUACAGCGGGGAGUUACAGUUGUCAAUGCACACCUGAGACAUAUGGACCCCAAUGUGCAUCCAAAUAUGAUGACUGUCAAGCGGGCUCCAAGGAUCGCUGUGUCCAUGGUAUCUGUGAGGAUUUAGACCGAGAGCAACAAGGAGUGGCCAAGUACAGAUGUAUCUGCGAGGCUGGGUGGACUUUCACAUCAGAUGACCCUGCUUGCACAGUGGAUAAAGAUGAAUGCAGCCUGCAGCCUUGUUCAGCACUUGUACAAUGUUUCAACACUCCUGGUUCAUUCUAUUGUGGACCCUGUCCAACAGGUUGGAAAGGAAAUGGAUAUACUUGCCAAGAUAUUAAUGAAUGUGAAAUAAAUAAUGGUGGCUGUUCAGUAGCUCCACUUGUUAGCUGUGUGAAUACACUUGGAUCUUAUCACUGUCAGCCUUGUCCUCCAGGGUACCAGGGUGACGGAAGAGUGUGCACACUCAUGGACAUCUGCUCAGUCAAUAAUGGAGGCUGCCACCCCGAUGCAUCAUGCUCCUCGGCUCUAGGUUCUUUACCCCUUUGCACCUGUCCCUCAGGAUAUACAGGAAAUGGUUAUGGGCCAAAUGGAUGUGUGCAACUCAGUAAUAUUUGUCUAAGCCACCCCUGUUUAAAUGGACAAUGCAUUGAAACCGUCUCUGGUUAUUUGUGCAAGUGUGAAUCAGGCUGGACUGGUGUCAACUGCACAGAAAACAUCAAUGAGUGUCUGAGCAGCCCCUGUUUGAAUGGAGGAACUUGUGUCGACGGCAUCAACACUUUCAGUUGUGAAUGCACAAGUUCCUGGACUGGCUCUCACUGUCAGACUCCCCAGCAAGUGUGUGGAGGGUCCCUCUCAGGGCUGACUGGAAGUUUCAGCUACAAAAGCCCUGAUGUUGGUUAUCUUCAUGAUGUCAACUGCUUCUGGGUUAUCCGAACCGAAGAUGGAAAGGUCUUGCAUAUUACUUUUACCUUUUUCCUACUGGAUUCAGAGAACAACUGUCCACAUGAGUUUCUUCAGAUUCAUGAUGGCGAUUCCUCUGCAGCCUUUCAGCUUGGAAGGUUCUGUGGCUCCAGCCCCCCUCAGGAACUCCUCAGCAGUGACAAUGCCCUCUAUUUUCAUUUCUAUUCUGAUCAUUUAAGAAAUGGAAGAGGCUUUACAAUAAGAUGGGAAACACAGCAACCAGAGUGUGGAGGUCAACUGACUGAUACAUAUGGCUCUAUCACGUCUCCUGGGUAUCCUGGAAACUACCCCCCAGGAAGAGAUUGUAUCUGGACUAUUAUAAACAGUCCUGACCUCCUGAUAACAUUUACUUUUGGGACCUUGAGCCUGGAACACCACGAUGAUUGCAGCAAAGAUUACCUUGAGAUUCGAGAUGGUCCUUUGCCUCAGGACCCUGUUAUUGGGAAAUUCUGCAGCACUCGCUCUGUCCCACCACUCCAGACUACUGGCCCCUUUGCUAGAAUUCAUUUCCAUUCUGACAGUCAGACUAGUGAUAAAGGCUUCCAUAUCACCUACUUAACAUCACCUUCGGAGCUGCAUUGUGGAGGGUCCUAUACAGACCCGGAUGGUGAGAUCUUCCUUCCUGUCUUGUCUGGGCCUUUCACUCAAAACAGGCAAUGUAUCUACGUUAUAAGGCAGCCACAGGGAGAGCAGAUACAAGUCAACUUCACUCAUGUGGAGCUGGAAGGCCAGGGUGGCUGCUCUCAGAACUACCUUGAGGUUCGAGAUGAUAAAACCUUACUGGGGAAAGUCUGUGGCAAUGAAACUCUCUCUCAUGUUACAUCAAUUACUAAUACUAUAUGGAUCAGGUUUAAAAUUGAUGCUUCUGUUGAAAAAGUUAGUUUCAGAGCUGCUUAUCAAGUUGCUUGUGGGGGUGAAUUAACUGGAGAAGGGAUCAUUCACUCUCCUUUUUAUCCUAAUGUAUAUCCUGGAGAAAGAAUCUGUAGGUGGACUAUCUCCCAACCCCAAAGUCAGGUAGUUCUUCUCAACUUUACUGCAUUUGAAAUUGGAAGUUCUGCACAGUGUGAUACAGAUUAUGUUGAGAUUGGUACCAGUUCCAUCAUGGGUUCUCCUGAAAAUGCAAAGUACUGUGGCACAAACAUUCCUCCAUUUAUAACAUCUGUGUACAAUUUUCUUUAUGUCACGUUUGUGAAAAGUUCUUCAACUGAAAACCAUGGUUUCAUGGCUAAAUUCAGUACUGAGGAUUUAGCGUGUGGAAAUGUUCUUACGGAGUUGACAGGUACCAUUCAAAGUCCAGGUCAUCCAAAUAUCUACCCCCAUGGUGUAAACUGUACCUGGUAUAUAUUACUUCAACCUGGCCACCUAAUUCGUUUGGUGUUCAAAAGUUUUCACCUACAGUUUGAUUACAAUUGCACGAAUGACUACCUAGAAGUUUAUGACACUGAUUCUGGAACAUCUCUUGGGAGAUUUUGUGGACAUUCCUCCCCACCUUCUCUGAUCAGCAGUGGAAACUCAAUAAAGUUGAUAUUUGUGGCUGACUCUGACCUUGCCUAUGAAGGCUUUUUAAUUGAGUAUGAAGCAAUGGAUGCGUCAAAAGUAUGCAUGGAAGACUAUACAAGCGAAUCUGGGACACUCACUUCUCCAAACUUCCCCAAUAAUUACCCCCACAAUUUAGAAUGCAUUUAUAGGAUCACAGUGGAAACUGGCAAGCAGAUCGCAUUGCACUUCACAAACUUCUCCUUGGAGGAAAGCUUUUUUGGUGUAUGUGUAGGAGAUUUUGUGGAAAUCAGAGAUGGAGGCUAUGAAAAUUCACCAUUCUUGGGAAAAUACUGUGACUCAACUCUACCUCCAACAAUCAUCUCUCAUAGUAACAAACUGUGGUUAAAAUUUAAGAGUGAUAUGACAGAUUCCAAGUCUGGAUUCUCAGCUCACUGGGACGGAUCAUCAACAGGUUGUGGAGGCAAUCUCACCACUUCCACAGGCGUAUUCAUGUCUCCUAACUACCCGAUGCCCUACUACCACAGUUCUGAAUGUUACUGGUUGUUGAAAGCCAGUCAUGGCAGCCCAUUUAAACUGGAAUUCAUAAACUUCCACUUGGAGUACCAUCCAAACUGCACUCUGGAUUAUGUGGCUGUUUAUGAUGGCCCAAGUACCAGGUCUCAUCUGCUUACUCAGCUUUGUGGGGAUGAGAAACCCCCUGUCAUCCGUUCUAAUGGAGAUAGCAUGCUUUUAAAACUGAGGACUGAUGAAGGACAGCAAGGUGGUGGCUUCGAGGCCAAAUACUGGCAGACAUGUGAGAAUGUAGAAAUAGUCAAUCAAACCUAUGGCAUCUUGGAGAGCAUAGAUUAUCCAAACCCUUAUUCUGAUAACCAGCGUUGCAGCUGGACCAUCCAAGCAACAACUGGCAACACUGUGAACUACACAUUUCCAGCAUUUGAAUUGGAAUAUCACACAAACUGCUCGACGGAUUAUUUAGAGCUCUAUGAUGGACUACAGCGGAUAGGGCGCUACUGUGGAGCAAAUAAACCUAUGCCAGGGGGUACCACAAGCUCCAUGCUUCAAGUACUGUUCCAUACUGAUGGAGUGAAUCACAACGAGAUGGGAUUUCAGAUGCAGUGGUUCAUUCAAGGUUGUGGUGGGGAGUUAUCUGGAGCCACAGGCUCCUUCACCAGCCCUGGGUAUCCAGGCACUUAUCCAGCCAACAAAGAGUGUAUCUGGUACCUCACCACUGACCCUGGGAGCAGCAUUCAGCUCACCAUCCAUGACUUCGAUGUCGAAUAUCACUCAACCUGUGACUUUGAUACCCUGGAGAUCUAUGGAGGCCCUGAUUUCCACUCUCCCAGAAUAACACAGUUGUGUGCCCGGAGAUCUUCUGUGCUCCCCAUGCAAGUCUCCAGCCCAGGGAAUGAGUUAGCAAUCCGAUUUAAGACUGACAGCUCCAUAAAUGGAAGAGGCUUCAAUAUCUCCUGGCAAGCACUUGCUGGAGGUUGUGGUGGAAUUUUCCAGGCUCCAAAAGGGGAGAUUCAUUCUCCAAAUUACCCCAAUCCUUUUAUGAAUAACAUUGCCUGUUUUUGGACCAUCCGGGUUGAAAAAAAUCACCGUAUUCUCUUGAACUUCACUGACUUCGAUCUUGAAGCUCAGGACUCUUGUGUUAUGGCAUAUGAUGUCGAAAACUCUGUAACCACCCGCCUUGCCAGUGCAUGUGGAAGACAGCCGCUGACUAAUCCCAUCAUCUCUUCAGGAAACAACCUUUUUGUGAGGUUUCAGUCUCACUUUUCUAGACAGAGUAGAGGCUUCCGAGCUCAGUUCAGACAAGUCUGUGGAGGCUACAUCCUUACCGAGUCUUUUGAUACCAUUUCCUCUCCAUUGUUUCCUGCCAAGUAUGCAAACAAUCAGAAUUGCACUUGGAUAAUUCAAGCUCAACCUCCAUUCAAUCAUAUUACCCUGUCCUUCAGCCACUUUGAAAUUGAAAACAGUGCAACAUGUUCACGUGACUUUGUAGAAAUUUUGGAUGGCAACUCCUAUGACGCGCCCCUCCGAGGCCGUUACUGCGGCACCUCCAUGCCCCAUCCCAUCACAUCCUUCGGCAGUGCCCUGAUGCUGAGGUUCGUUUCUGAUUCUCGAAGGAAUUACGAUGGCUUCCAUGCUACAUACAUGGCAUCAUCAUCAGCUUGCGGAGGAACCUUCUACAUGGCUGAAGGCAGGUUCGACAGCCCUGGCUACCCAGACGUUUAUCCCUCUAAUGUGGAAUGUGUCUGGAACAUUGUCAGUUCCCCUGGCAACCAGCUCCAGCUGUCUUUCAUAUCUUUCCAGUUGGAAGACUCUCAGAACUGCAGCAAGGAUUUUAUGGAGAUACGAGAAGGAAAUGCCACAGGGCAGUUGGUGGGACGAUACUGUGGGAACUCCCUCCCUCACAACUAUUCAUCCAUUGUUGGACACGUCUUAUGGAUCAGAUUUGUCUCCGAUGGUUCAGGCAGUGGCACAGGCUUCCAGGCCUCAUUCACUAAGGUGUUUGGCAAUGAUAAUAUUGUGGGAACUCAUGGGAAAAUCGCUUCUCCCUUAUGGCCUAGAAAUUACCCCCAUAACUCCAAUUACCAAUGGAUAGUAAAUGUAAAUGCAUCUCAAGUUAUUCACGGUAGAAUUUUGGAGAUGGACACUGAAGAAACAAAUAACUGCUACUAUGACAAAUUAAGGAUUUAUGAUGGGUUUGGCAUUCAUUCACGCCUCAUUGGAACUUACUGCGGGACUCAGACUGACUCCUUUAGCUCCACUGGAAAUUCUUUGACAUUUCAUUUUUAUUCGGACACUACAAUCACAGGAAGGGGAUUCCUCCUGGAGUGGUUUGCAAUGGACAGUCCUACUGGGCCUGUACCUACCAUUGCUUCAGGUGCUUGUGGUGGGUUCCUGACCACAAGAGAUGCACCAGUGUUUCUUUUCUCCCCGGGUUGGCCAAAUAACUACAAUAACCGGGUUGACUGCACAUGGCUUAUCCAAGCUCCUGGUUCUACUGUGGAACUCAACAUUCUCUCCCUGGACAUUGAAUCUCACCCAACAUGUAGCUACGAUAGCCUUGUGAUAAGAGACGGAGACAAUAACCUGGCCCAGCAGCUAGCAGUUCUCUGUGGCAGAGAGAUCCCCGGGCCCAUCCGUUCUACUGGAGAAUACAUGUUCAUCCGCUUCACCUCUGACAUCAGUGUGACUGGGGCAGGCUUCAAUGCAUCCUUUCACAAGAGCUGUGGUGGAUAUUUGCAUGCAGACAGGGGGAUCAUCACGUCUCCCAAGUACCCAGAGACCUACACUCCCAACCUCAACUGCUCUUGGCACGUCCUGGUCCAGAAUGGUCAGAUCAUCGCUGUCCACUUUGAGCAGCCCUUUCAGAUUCCAAGUAGAGAUCCUUCUUGCAACCAGGGAGAUUACCUGGCGCUAAAAAAUGGACUUGAUAUCUAUUCCCCACCCUUGGGACCUCAUGGAGGAAAUGGUCGUUUCUGUGGCAGUCAUCCUUCAUCAACUCUGUUCACCUCAGACAAUCAAAUGUUUGUUCAGUUUAUUUCUGAUGAUAAUGAUGAAGGUCAAGGAUUUAAAAUCAACUAUGAGGCAAUGAGUUUAGCCUGUGGGGGCAAUAUCUACAUCCAUGAUGCUGAUUCUACGGGAUACGUGACCUCCCCCAACUACCCUGGCAAUUAUCCCCAGAAUGCUGAUUGCAUUUGGAUCAUAGCAGCUCCUUCUGAAAAGCUCAUCAGACUGCAAUUUGAAGACCAAUUCAAUAUUGAAGCAACACCCAACUGUACUUCCAAUUACCUCGAGUUGCGGGAUGGAGCUGAUUCAAAUGCACCCAUACUUUCCAAACUCUGUGGGAUGUCCCUGCCCGGCAACCAGUUUUCCUCAGGAGGCGUUUUGUAUUUGAGAUUCCGGUCAGAAAACAGCCCCACUCAUGUGGGAUUCAAGACCAAAUAUUCCAUAGCCCAGUGUGGAGGAACAAUAUCGGGGCAAAGUGGUGUCAUUGAGAGCGCUGGAUAUCCUACCCUUCCAUAUGCAAAUGACUUAUUCUGUCAGUGGCACCUCCAGGGUCCCGAGGGACACUAUCUCACCAUCCAUUUCGAAGGUUUCAACCUUCAGAACUCCUCUGGCUGUGCAAAAGACUUUGUGGAGAUCUGGGAAAACCACACCUCUGGAAACAGCCUAGGCAGAUACUGUGGAAACGGCCUUCCUGACAGCAUAGACACUUUUAGCAAUGUUGCUUCUGUCAGGUUCGUCACCGAUGGCUCUCUUACUGCACCAGGAUUCAGGCUGAGGUUUGAAUCCAGCAUAGCAGAAUGUGGCGGGGAUCUCCAGGGCCCUACUGGAACAUUUAGUUCUCCCAACUACCCGAACCCCAAUCCUCAUGGCCGGCUCUGUGAGUGGAGAAUCACUGUGCAGGAAGGAAGGCGGAUCACCCUCACUUUCAACGACCUCAGGCUGGAAGCUCACCCAUCCUGCAGCAACGAACAUGUGAUCGUAUUCAAUGGCCUGAGGAAUAACUCACCCCAGCUGGAGAGGCUGUGCAGUAACGUGAACGCAAGCAACAUGAUCCAGUCUUCGGCAAACACAAUGAAAGUCGUCUUUUUCACAGAUGGAUCUAGGCCCUUUGGAGGGUUCCUGGCCUCCUACACAUCCAGUGAAGAUGCAGUGUGUGGUGGGUCUCUUACAAAUGCUCCUGCAGGAAACUUUACUUCUCCUGGCUUUAAUGGAGUCGCCAAUUACUCAAGAAACCUCAACUGUGAAUGGACUAUCAGCAAUCCAAAUCAGGGGAAUUCAUCCAUUUACCUUCACUUUAAGCAUUUUUCCCUAGAAAGUCAUCAAGACUGUCAAUUUGAUGUCCUUGAGUUUCGAGUGGAUGAUGCUGAUGGUCGUCUUAUAUGGAGACUCUGUGGCCCUUCACAGCCUAGGAUCCCAUUGGUCAUACCAUAUCCUCAGGUCUGGGUACACUUUGUCACCAAUGAACAUGUAGAAUUUACUGGAUUUCAUGCAGAGUAUUUCUUUACAGAUUGUGGUGGAAUACAGACAGGUGAGAGUGGAGUGAUCACAAGCCCCAACUAUCCAAAUGAUUAUGACAGCUCCUCCCACUGUUCCUGGUUAUUGGAGGCUCCUCAAGGGCACACCAUCAAUCUGACAUUUAGUGACUUUGAAAUUGAAAGCCAUGCAACUUGUGCUUGGGAUUCCGUCACCGUCAGGAAUGGUGGCUCCCCUGGAUCACCCAUAAUAGGACAAUAUUGUGGAAAUUUAAACCCAGGGACAAUACAGUCUGGUUCCAAUCAGUUGGUGGUGAUUUUUAAUUCAGACCAGUCAGUGCAAAAUGGUGGAUUUUAUGCUACAUGGAGCACACAUACAUUAGGUUGUGGUGGAAUAAUCCAUUCAGGUUAUGGUGUAAUCAGAUCUCCUCACUGGCCUCAGAAUUUUCCUGAAAAUAGCAGAUGUUCCUGGACAGUCAUUACUCAUAAAAGUAAAUACCUUGAGAUCAGUUUUGACAACAACUUCCGAAUCCCCAGUGCUGAUGGACAGUGUCAGAACAGCUUUGUGAAGGUGUGGGCAGGAACUGAGGAGGUCAACAGUGCCCUGUUAGCCACCAGCUGUGGGAAUGUGGCUCCCGGUUCCAUCAUCACACCGAGAAAUGUAUUCACUGCUGUCUUCCAGUCUCAGGAGACACCUGCUCAGGGCUUCUCUGCAAGCUUUAUAAGCCGAUGUGGAGGUAAUUUCACUGACCAAUCUGGUCUUAUCAUUUCUCCAAACUACCCAAAGAAAUAUGACAACAAUAUGAAUUGUAGCUACCUCAUACAAGCUGGCCCUCACUCUCUGGUCCGCUUGACUUUUGUGUCUUUCCAUUUGGAAGCUCGCUCAACCAUCUCAGGAACCUGUGCCAAUGAUGGUGUGCACAUCAUCAGGGGUCACAGCCUCUCUUCAACACCUCUUGCCACUGUGUGUGGUAGUGAGACAUUGGCUCCUCUCACCAUCAUUGGUCCAGUGCUGCUUAACUUCUACUCCAAUGCGCACAUCACAGACUUUGGGUUCAGGUUUUCCUAUCGCAUAACCUCUUGUGGUGGUGUGUUCAACUCCUCCAGUGGAAUCAUCAAGAGCCCUUCCUACUCAUACACAGACUACCCCAAUAAUUUGUACUGUCUCUAUACAAUCACUGUCGAAAACAAUAAGGUGAUUCAUAUGAAGUUCAAUGAUUUCGAUGUGGCUCUCUCUACCUUCUGCUCCCAUGACUACCUGGCAAUUUAUGAUGGUUCUAGCAUCAGUGAUCCCCUUCUUGGCAAAUUCUGUGGUUCUGAGCUCCCGCCAAAUAUUAGAAGCAGCAAUAAUUAUAUGCUCCUAGUAUUCAAGACCGAUUCACUUCACACAGCAAAAGGCUGGAAGAUAUCAUUCCGGCAGACAUUGGGGCCGCAGCAAGGAUGUGGUGGUUACCUAACAGGUGCCAAUAAUACAUUUGCCUCUCCUGAUUCCGAUUCCAAUGGAAGAUAUGACAAGUUUUUAAACUGCAUAUGGUUCAUAACUGCACCUGCAAACAAACUAAUUAAAUUAACCUUCAAUACAUUUGUUUUGGAGGCAGCAUCUCCUAGACAAGGAUGUGUUUAUGACUAUGUAAAGUUGUAUGAUGGGGAGAGUGAAAAUGCCAACUUGGCUGGAACAUUUUGUGGUUCCACUCUACCUGCUCUUUUUAUCUCAUCUGGUAACUUCCUUACAGUUCAAUUUGUCACUGACUUAACUUUAGAAAGGACAGGAUUUAAUGCUACAUAUACUUUCAUGGAUGUGCCUUGUGGUGGAACACACAAUGCAACUUGGACCCCACAAAAUAUUUCUGCAUCCAUUCUAUCAAGCCCCAGUGUCUCAUUGUCCAUCUGUACUUGGGUCAUUGAAGCUCCCCUACACCAGCAUAUCCAGAUAACUGUGUGGGACUUACAAAUGAACUCGCAAGACUGUACACAGAAUUAUUUAGAGUUUCAGGACUCAUCAGAGAGUCGUGGAAACCUGAAACAUCGGUUCUGUGGCACAAAUGCUUCAGCUGUGCCUGUGUUCUACUCUUCUACGAGUACUGCAGUCGUCAUUUUCAAAUCUGAAGUUUUAAAUGGAAACUCUAGAGUAGGGAUCACCUAUCAGAUUGCAGGUUGCAACAGAGAAUAUACGAAGGCAUUUGGCAAUCUGAAGAGUCCUGGAUGGCCAGAUAAUUAUGACAACAAUGCAGAUUGCACUGUUAUUCUGGCAGCCCCACAGAACCACACCAUUUCCCUGUUUUUUCAUUCAUUUCGCCUUGAGGACUCAAGUGGCUGCAGACAGGAUUUCUUGGAGGUGAGAGAUGGACGCAGUGACAGUUCACCAUUACUUGGCAAGUACUGUGGAACUCUGCUGCCCAGCCCUGUCUUCUCUCAGAAUAACCAACUCUACCUGCGAUUUAAGAGCAACAGUGCAGUUUCUAGUCAAGGAUAUGAAAUCACCUGGACCUCCUCACCCACUGGCUGUGGUGGGACUCUGUAUGGGGACAGGGGCACCUUCACCAGCCCUGGCUAUCCCGGCACAUAUCCAAACAACACUCACUGCGAGUGGACCCUCAUUGCUCCUGCCAGUAGGCUCGUCACCGUCAGCUUCUACUUUAUCAACAUUGAUGACCCUGGAGACUGCCUCCAGAACUACCUCAUACUCUACAACGGGCCGAACGCCAACUCACCGUCCUAUGGACCUUAUUGUGGAGCAGACACCAGCAUAGCACCCUUUGUAGCUUCCUCAAAUCGGGUCUUCAUCAAAUUCCAUGCUGCAUAUGCAAAGCAACCUUCUGCUUUCCGGCUCACUUGGGACAGCUGAGGGAGCGAAGCCAUGUGUGUGCUCCACUGCGGGUCCAUGAGGCAUCACCGGACAGAACGCUGCCAUCCUGGCGCACGACCCCUGCCCGUGCCAUGGAGAACUUUGUAGUUCUUACUGAAAUGUGCAUACAAUCAGCAUUUGUGCAUUUGUUUUUUGACUGUGAAAUA